AUGGGAGGAUUGAUAUUCUUUCCUUUUCCAGCCUUUUCUCUUCCUUUUCUUCUUCUUCUUUUCUUCCGGAGGAUCUGGAUAUUACUUAACAGUUCUUUCUCGUUUCUUCUUCCUUUCCUUUUUCUUUUUACCUUUUUUCCUCACCUACGUUUUUCUCAUCCGUUUUCUUCUUUCCUUCCUUCCUUCCUUCCUUCCUUCCUUCCUUCCUUCUUUUCUUUCUUUAUUCAUCUCUUCUCCUUCUCUUUUAUUAUUUCCCAUUUCUUAUUUUCUAGUUUUUAUUUACCCCCCAUCCUUUCUUCGUGGAAGGUUACACAGUCUCCACCUCUCCUUCUUCAUUUCUUCUUCUUCUUCUUCUUCUUCUUUGUCUUCUUCUUUUCUAUUUCUUCUUCUUCUUCUUUCAUUUCUUCAUCUUCUUCCUUUUUUUUCUUCUUCCUUCAUUUCUUCUUUCAGUUUUCUUCUUUCAUUUCUUCUUCUUCCUUCAUUUUUCUUCUUUCUCCUUCAUUUUUUCUUCUUCUAUUUCUUCUUCUACUUCUUCCUUCAUUUCAAUUCGCCCUUUAUUUCUUUUUCUUUCAUUUCUCUUUCUUCUUUCAUUUAUUCUACUUCCUUCAUUUUUCUUCUUUCUUCAUUUCAUCUUUCAGUUCUUCUUCUUCCUUCAUUUCUUCUUCCAUUUCUUCCUCUUCCUUCAUUUCUUCUUCUUCUUCCUUCAUUUUUUCUUCCAUUUCUUCCUCUUCCUUCAUUUCUUCUUCUUCUUCCUUCAUUUUUUCUUCCAUUUCUUCCUCUUCCUUCAUUUCUUCUUCUUCCUUCAUUUUUUUCUUCCAUUUCUUCCUCUUCCUUCAUUUCUUCUUCUUCUUCCUUCAUUUUUUCUUCCAUUUCUUCCUCUUUCCUUCCAUUUCUUCUUCUUCCUUCAUUUUUUCUUCCAUUUCUUCCUCUUCCUUCAUUUUUCUUCUUUUCAUUUUUUCUUCCAUUUCUUCCUCUUCCUUCAUUUCUUCUUCUUCUUCCUUCAUUUUUUCUUCCAUUUCUUCCUCUUCCUUCCUUUCUUCUUCUUCUUCUUCUUCUUCUUUUUUUUCUUCUUCUUCUUCUACUUCUUCUUCCUUCAUUUCUUCUUUCAUUUUCCUUCUUCGGCCUUCAUAUCUUAUUAUUAUUCUUCCUGUCUUCUUCUCAUAUGUUUUCCUCUUCUUCCAUUUCUUCUUCUUUUCAUUUCUUCUUCUUCUUUCAUUUCUUCAUCAUUCUUUUCUUUUUCUUUCGUUUCUUCUUCAUUCCUUACGCUUGUUUGUCUCCUUUUACUUCUUUUUUUCCUUCUUCGUUCUCUUUCAUCCGUUACUCAUCAUUGUUCUUUCUUCUCCUCCUCCUUUUCUUUUCUUUCCCUUUCAUCUGUUACACUUCUUUCUUUUCUUUCUUUUUUCUUUUUUCUUUUCUUCUUUUGUUCACCUUUACUCCUUCUUCUUCUUUCCUUUCCUCUUCUUGUUCCUUUACUUCCUCAACUAUAUUUCUUCACCUCUUUCGUCUUUUUUUCUUUUUUCUCAUUAUAAUCAUCAUCAUUACUUCUCGUGA